AAAAUUUCGAGGGAAAUUGCUAUGGAAAUUAUGAGCUACCCCUCCGCAAAGUGGUUGAAGGCUUGGUUCGGUUCACAUCAGUCUCCCGGAAAAUUUGGAAAACGAGUAUGGAAUUUGGGGAGAGGCGGAUGAAAACAAGGGAAUAGUUUAAAUGACUGGAAGUUUUAAAGUGCAACUCAUCAACAUGGGCACGAGAGCGGCUGCUUUUCAAGCCAAACUUCGUUGUUUACAUGACUUCCAUGUUCGAUUGCUUCACAAUGCUCUUCCUGCGCCGUCAGGAAUAGACAUUGCUAAUACUAUCAAAUACUUUUCUCAAACACUUCUAACUGUCUUGAAAGAUGUUCCAAAUUCUCCACAUCAACUCAUCAAGGAUCCAUCUCAGGAUCAAAUGCGAAUGGCGUCAUACCCAAAUUUGGAGUACGGAAAUCUUUACAAUGCUUUAACCAUGCUAUUGGAUGUCGCCUCACUUAUACAAUAUGGUCAAAUAACUUUUGGAAAAGCCCUUCUUCAGUGCUUUGGAUGUAUUUUGCCCUUCCUUGAUAAAGACUUAAUUGAUAACUUACCCUACUUGGUAAGUUCAACAAUUUCAGUUCUACCACCAGCUCUUCAUCAGGAAGUCAUCAAUUCUCUGUGCUUCUACAUCCUUCCAUUUACUAUUACACGUCAAAGUCCAGAUGAACAAGAAUGCCAGGCAUGCCAGUCAGUUUCAUCAGUAAUCAUGAUGGUGUUCCAGUACUCAAACAAUGCUGCUCAUCACUGUCAGCUACUGGAAUGCCUUAUGAAGCUAAAGCACAAUGUCGUGAAAGACAUUUUGUGUGUUAUUGCCUAUGGGACUGCGCAGUCACGAUCUUCUGCCGCGAAACUCCUAUUCUAUUACUGGCCAGCGUUUGACCCCAAUCUGUUCGACCGGAGAGGACUACUCUCGAAACUCACAAAUGAUCUAAUUCCCUUUGUGUGUCAGCGUGAACAAUGUCCAAAUGCCGGCAAUGCAGAAGCAGCAAAAGUCUGCUUCGAUCACAAUAUUAGCAUCACAUUUGCUCCAGACUGUCCACCUCCCUUAUACCUUUGUAUCGAAUGUGCCAAUGAAAUUCAUCGCGAACAUCCUAACCAACUUUUCGGUGAUAUGUUGCACCCCAUGCAGCAAGUCUCCAUGGUUUGCGAAAACAAGAACUGCCGAUCAACGGAGAAGGCGGCAUUUUCAAUGUGUUUCUCCCCUGAAUGUGCAAGCUACAAUGGGAACCACCCAAUUCGUUAUUGCGCCCAGUGCCACAGUAAUCGUCAUAACAGCCGUCGUGGAGGAGACCAUGUCGUCCAUAGAAGCCUACAGCCAGCCUGGCAAAUGGAACCUGAAAUGCAGAUGUAUAUGGUUGAAUCUGUGGUUAGCCUUUUAAGGGAAGCCAAGCCUUUAAGUUUUGAGCCAGGAAAGGACUCUUCAGCAAGUGACGCGAAGAACGGAAAUUCAAAUGGAUUGCAAGAUAAUAUUUCACUGGAAGAACGUCAGCUGUUAGGAAGGUACGGUAUUUGGUUGCUGGUGGGAAGAUGCACUCCUACUGUAGAUACACCAGUAGAGAUUCUGGGAAGGUUGCUUUCGAUGCUUUUCCACUGGUUCCAUGUGACUGCAUAUUCCUAUGAUGCUGCAGGCCAAGUUGAAAGCACAAUUGAAAAACUAAAGAUCGAGCAUGUUUGCCAAUGGUUGAAGGACGUAUGCCGGGUCCAUUAUAAUGUAUUUAUUUCCUGCCUCUUGCCGCAUCCUCCGGAAUAUGCUCGAGUUGGAGGACACUGGGAAACACUUGCAUCACGCACAAGUCACCUGAAAGAAGGCUUACAAAGGUUGAUUUGCUUAGUUCCGUAUGAAGUGAUAACAUCAGAAAUAUGGGACUAUGUUAUGCCACAUUGGAUGGAAGCAAUAACAAAUGACGUUGGUGAAAAAGAACUAGGCGAACUCAAAAUAGUCUUGAGUAAAAUCCUUGAUCCGGAAAUGUCCCCAUUAGGCUUUGAUGCGAAAACUAUGUACAAUUUCGUAGCCAUCCGUUUUGAGAAAACCACGGCUAAAGUGCAACAGCAAGCCCUACAUUGGCUGCAAAUCCUGUCGAAGCUGGAAAUUUUGAUUCCAUUACCACAACUUUUUGCAAUGUUUGGUGAUGGUGUUCGGAUUAUGAAACAUGGCGUGCAACACGAAAUGAUGAAAGAAAAAGAAGGGAAAGCUGGCAAAGCCCAUUUGAAGGACAAGGAGAAAGACUUGGCGCAUCCCCCAAGGCGAAGUUCAAUCUCCCCAGUCGUUGAAGGCGAUUCAGGAAAUACUUCCGCAAUAUCGGAUGAUGAGGCUCCAACUUCAAGACAUACAGAAUUUUCCACAGAUGCUGAACACAACUUGACGUGCUGCAUUCUUAUGUUGGAUAUCCUUCUGAAGCAAAUGGAACUUCAAGAUGUCGAACAACAUAUGGGGAUUCAUACGACAGUUUGCGAAAAUGUCUCGCGAUUGCUUAAAUGUAUGGUAACAGCAGCCCGGGUUGGGCUUAGUAGCCAUGUUUGCGCAUUGAAGGUUGGCGAAUGUGCAUAUUGCGAGGCAUCAAUUAUGUGGCACCAGCUUUCAACCCGCCUUGUUGAGUUCAUGGCUCCACGAAAUCCAGUUCGACCACCAGAUCCUCCAAUUGAAGAAAUCAUCGAGGAAGAAAAAUCAGCUCGAAAAAGUCCGCCUGAGACUGAAAAAGAAAAAUCUAGAGACCGUGAUGUUUCACUGUCAAUGGCCCCAUUGCCAAUCCCGCUAGGACCUCUUGGUGGAUUUGCAGAUGAUCCUGGAAAAAUCAUUAUAAUGGCAGGUCCAGUUCCUGUGGCUGUACCGCAACCCGAGCCUCAUUCAAUUGGAGGAGUUCUCGUUCACAUGCCCAACGUUUGUUCUACAAGUAAUGAACGUGGCCGUUCCGAUACAGAAUUUAAUCGAUUAGUUCAUACCACAGACGAGAUAAUGACGGCCACCGUCGAAACAGUAUCAGAACAAUUGGAUUUAGCGGCGAUAAUACCAUCAGAGAAAGUCGUAACGGCCGUUGCAAGAUCAGUCACCUUAUCAGAUGCGGAUGUUGCGACUGCAACUGUUCAAGUAGCGAAACCACAGCUUGUUGGCAGCACGACCGAAACCGAUAAAUGCGAGGCCCUGCCGGAAGAAGAAGCUGAAGAUGCCGAGGAUGGUGAAGACUUCUGGCAUACGUCGGUUGGAAAGUUCAAGUUCUCAUUAGAUGCACUACCACAAAAUCUGCAGUACAUCCAUCAACUGCUUACAGAAAUUCCCACGGUGAAAAAACCUGACAUCCUUUACUAUAUCCUUCAAUGUUUAAAUAUUAUGGUCCUACAUGGUGAUGCCCUUACGAAGGCGGCAAGGGAUCACCGUGGCUUCUUCAUUUGGUGCCAAGAAAACUUGAUCAUCAAAAACAUUUGGGAACUAUGCAAUGCCGAGCAGUCUCAUAUUUGCCAAGUUUGUGUACCAAUUCUCCUACACUCCAUCACUCUGCCACUUGGAUCAGAUGUAUUCUGGCGAGUUGUCCAGGAGGCUUUUCAUGAUUCAGAUUGGCGUGUCCGAUUCACUGCUGUAGAACGAGUCACUGUUAUUACUCGAUUUAUGGAUUCCACACCACUUCGAAGUGAGGUCGGACUUCAAACUGCUAUGGCUACUGCACUGUGUCACCUAGUCGCCAGUAUGGACGAUAUCAAUGUCCAUGUAGCACAACGUGCAACUUUAUACUUGGGAACAAUUCAUGAUACAGCCAUUCGGGCACUUCUAUUUUGUCUUGAAUCACAAUUUGAUCUUUUCAUUGUGGAUAGACCUGUUGUUCUCCAAUCCCUCUAUCAGCUUCAUAACUCCCUAUCGGAUCGUCGUAUUCUAACUUGGGAUUUCUUUUUGAAUCGUUUUGAUACACUGUUCGUAGAAGCACAAGUGAAUUUGGAAAAAAGUGGAGAUAUAUCCUAUUUGAGGGAUCUAAGGAAUUCCGAAAAUGGUAGUGAGACGUUAUCGACUAAGGUUAACAAGGCACGGGAGGCAUUGAGUCAAUCAGACACCGCAGCAACUAUGGCGAAGACACUGAGUGCUUCAUUCGGGACGAAGUGGCCCUAUAAAAGGACAAUGUCGGCUCCUGCCAGUAUCAUUCCAAGACAGGACUCCAAAGUUGAAAAGGAAAAAAUCUACAGUCGCCAAAUUUCAGCUCCCAUUUUAAAGCGGAAAACUUCCAGAUUUGGCCUGGACGGCCACCUACAUUCGAUUGGAGGUCCUGGUGAUGAAAGCAACUUAACCGGUAUUAUCCACCGAAUUAUUGACCUAGAAGAGUCUGACAAAGAGACUAUACACCUCUUGGUCUUCCUGCUGAUGCAGUUUCUAUCUAGAGUGGAUCAGGCCUAUCCAUCCGAAGAGCGUCCAAUUGCCAGGACGCAAAACAUUGUCCUGAAACAUUUAUUCCUCCUACUGGGAUACAACCAAAUGGAUAAGACAUUUCAUGUUCCACCAAUCAAAUUGCGGUACUCCGCUGUGUUUAACGCUUUCAUCGCCAAUCUUCCUCAAGUACUCGACCAAAACCAUUUGAUCGGAUGGACUAUAUUGCCAUCCGCCUUACAAGUCUUACUCUACAGUCCAAGUCCAGCAAAUAAUUACUUGUCAACCGUAGACGCCCAUAGUAACACAUAUAAUUACUCCUUGUGGUACUUAGAAGCUCACGUACGCCGCAACUGGUUGAUGUCAGUCCUUGUCGUUCUUUACAAAUACCAAUACACGCAGCCACCACUUAACGGAUAUAUUAAUAAUUUGAUACGAAUUGUGUUGAAUUCUCUGAAAGCUCAGUUCCACCAGUGCAAAAGGAUUCCGACGACUACAGUCGUCGAUGUGCAGCUACCAAACAGAUCGCGUGAUGUUAGCCAACCUUCAUUGGGGACGGAUCCAGAUGAAAGAGGACCAGACAGCCCGCCACCAAGUCCUCUAUUUCCUUCAGAGGGUACCAGUGGAGCAUCCAAAAGCAAAGUACAAAGCAGUGGAAUUUCCCAAAAAACGCAAGUGCAUCGAAAAUAUCAGAACUCUAGUCUGGAAGCUGAUGAUACCGAAUCAGAACUUGUUGCGAUACCAGAGAGCGAUUUGUCAGAUAGUACAUUGCACGGAAGUAGUGCUCCGGGUUCUUUCGACGAUCCCCUGCACUUCGAAGACAUUGUAGCGCCGCUUCGUCCCGAAAUAAUCAAAGGUAAAGCUCACGUAACAACUGCAAACCUAGCAACAGCUCAUGUUGCAAUUUCAACCUUAAAAGCCGCCGAAUAUUGUGAGGACAAAUCCACAAAGAAAACCCAGUCCCGUACUAUACCACCAGCCACGACUGCAGCUGAUAAAUCGGUUGACAAAACGAUUCAACAAACUUCAACUAAAACUAUUGACACCCAAAUUCUUUCGAGCCAAACUAAAUGCAGCCUCCAAGAAGGCGUCCGUAUGAUGGUUACACCCUCAAUGUUAGUUACCGGUGAAGCUCGCGAAAAAGCUGUAUUGAACCCACCUGUUGACAUUCAGCGGGCAGUGGUAGUGAACCAAGCAUCUACUUCAAAAGGAAAAGGGGCAGACAUGGCUGCUACUUCGAAAAUGCUCGCUAGCAUUGCUUCUAAUCAUAUGAAAACCUUAGGAGCAUUACCUGGAUUGGAUACGAAAAUUUCUUCAGAUGGACGUCCCAUUCAGGAAGUACUACCAACAGUGGCAGGAAAACCUGUAUCACCCACUGGUAAACCAAAUGGAAGUUCUGAAAGCCCAUGCUUACCUGAGGCCAAAUCGCAGACUGCUGUACCAAGCAAAGCUUUAGGACACCAAAAACGGAUAAUUGAUUCAACCAGUACAUCCACAUCCACAGGAACAUCUUCAUCUCCUUCGAAUGGUGAGCCUAAGGCCACAACCAAGCCGAUCAACAAACAAAGUUUCAAACAUAUAAAACAAACAUCUUAUGGCUCUCCAGAAUCGCCACUAUCUAAAAUGAGUGUUAUGUCCCCACCAAGUGUUGAGGAAACCACAGUAGAUGGAUUGCCUCCACCUAAAAAUAUCGCACAACUCGAAAUACCAACUCCAGAAAGGUUACUUCCCAUUGGCUCAUCCGGCAAGGAUGGGGUUGUAGAACUUGCCAACAGGAUGCGGGAAGCACUAAGUAUCCCUGAUAUCAGCCAUUUAAAACAGGACAGUCUUGAUAAAUCCGAAGGCAGCACUCGUGGUGAAACUACCCCAAGCCGUGGAAACUCACCACGAAGACUAAUUAAACAAGUAGCAAUGGAAUCACCCCCAGCAGGCAAUGGAGACGAUUUGCAUACCUCAAUUUUGAGAAGUGUAACAAAGGACACUAAAGCUGAUAAGACUGAAGCACGGGACAUCACCAUGCAAAAAUCAGCCAGACCAAAAUUACGUAAAGUUGGUCCAUUUGCAAUAGAUUCACUUUCAACUCCUGAUAUUCGCACACGGUAUGCUGGCGCUUGGCCACCGAGCAGAGAUGCAAGGGAGGACUCAGAUGCCGAUGAGGAGACUGGAAAUGGAAAUACGUCUGCAUCAGAAAAUAAGCCGAGCUGCUCAAGGAUUGGUGAUGACUGCGUCUGCCAUCGUUGCUCCGAGUGUGGAACAAUGCUCGAAGAAUAUAGUGAUGAAGAAGUCGGAAUUCUGAUUAUAAUCCUCGGAACUUUCAUCCAUAGAGAACCAACUAUGGCCGCGCCAUUCCUUCCAGAAAUUUUGACUAUAGUUUCAAAGUUUGCAAUGCACUUCACUUUUCCUUGGCAGUAUGAGAGUACAACUCACCUACCUGGUGGAUCACAGUCAGUUGCUCAUCAGUUUAUUCGCUGCGUCCUUCAUCAACUGGCUCCUAAUGGUGUUUUCGUGCAGCUAUUUCAAACACAAGUUCCAGUUCAAGUGCGCCGAAAAUAUUUCAAAAGUGUCGCACAAGCUCUCCUUGAUUUCCAAGAAUUGAAUCCAACAAGUCCAAUUCAAAUGGUCACAGAAGCGCUGAACUCGAAGAAGACACUUCCCUUAGACAUCCUGCCAGUUAUACUUCGAAAUAUGGGCGAAUAUCUCCAAUGUGUGCCAACAGAUACGAAUUUUGGAUCAGGAGCAUGGUCUUCUGCCAUCCAAGGAGUUGAAACUUUAUUCCGAAGACUGUUUCUCGUGAUGCCAAAUUUGGAAGAUGCUGACCGACUUCUCGAUAUAAUGGUUCAAAUUUUGAAAGUCCCUGGCGUUUCGAAGAAUAUCCUGGAACCUUUCUCGAAAGCUCUGAGCGUUUGCGUGCAAAAUUAUAACUUGAAGCAUAAAGUUAUAUACGAUCUAUGUACCAACAGCAUUAGAGCCUUUUCCAAGGAUCGUGACAAGAUGCAGCUUUGCCGCCAGUUAAUAUUUGAGUUAAUCCAAGCCCUGAAAUUCAAAACAAAUAUACCUGAUGGCAAUUUACUUUUGAUUGUUGGCUUUGCACUACAAGAUGCGGGAGGCGGACUUCCAGCCGGUACCAUUGAAGGUUUGCCAGAUCAACCCCCACUGUACACAACAAAUGCAGCAGAUUGUAUGCGUCAAUAUAUUAACGACAUCCUGGAGUUUUUGGCUGAUUUUCACACACUAAGUAAAAUUAAGAACUUCAAAAAUACCCAAGCGGCCAAUGGACUUUGCGAAGACACUUUGGGUGGUAUCUUAAAAGGAUCGCUGGCGCAGUACCUGGCACUGGAAAUGUCAAGAGGAAAUAAUCGUGAUAAUAAGGCUGUAUCGAGAUAUUUGCCAUGGUUGUACAACGCACCUUCAUCACUCCAGCAAGGACCUAAGGAAUUCACUGAAUGCGUCAGUCACAUGCGUCUUCUUUCCUGGCUCCUACUCGGAUCGCUGAUGCACAACGCAUUAAUGCAACGUAAAAGUGGUACCGGUGCUCAUGCGAGUGGUCAUUUCCAUCUACAUCACGGAAUUCACACUGUCUGCCAACCGGUCCCACAAGAAGCCAGUUGCCACAUCGCUGAUCAUAUUCAAGUGAUCUUCACAGGAUUCGCGGAACAGUCAAAGACAUCAGUUCUACACAUGUCCUCUCUGUUUCACGCCUUCACCCUAUGCCAACUGUGGAGUAUCUACUUGGAAAAUAUGGCCCAUAGCACUUCACCAGCCUCGGAUCAGCACAACAUCACAUUGGGAAUAUUAUUCGAAUUUUGGGCCAAAGUAACGCCAUCCAUGCUGCAGCUAGUAUCACAUUCAAGUAGUAAGUUGCUGAUUUUUUUGACGAUGUCUAACAUGUUCUUUCUAAAACAGCUGGCGGAGAUGGUUAAUUUGCACUUCCUAAGCCUUUUGGAGGCUCUGAAGGAAACGCGAGCUACAAUUCUAGGUAAACUCUUACCUUUGUGGAGCCCGUUGCUAUCAUCACACAGUCAAUUGUCCGGAACGCUUCACGUUCGACUGCAAAGUUGUCGCGACUACGAACCAGACAUUGAGGAACAGAGUCAACCACAGCAUGAAGCGCUGCUAAAGUGGCUUCAACGUCUGCAGUUCAAAAUGGGACAAAUUGAAUUGCAGUCAUCGACAGCAACGCAAUUCUAUUCGAUAUAA